AUGGCCGCUGGCAAGGGGUCGACCGCGAUGCCGACUGGCGAGAGGGAUGCGCCCUCCCAGUCGACUCGCCACCAUCCUAAUCCAUUGAUCUCUGUGGGCGACCUCCAGCAAUGCAUCGAGAAAUUCAUCCAGGAGGAUCGCAACGAUAACAGAGACAUCUACGGGUUCUUCGAGCCUGUUGUGCAGGCCAGCCUCACGUGGAAGACGGCUCCGCGCGCUGAUCUGUUGUUGCACGUCAAGCCGUUGCUCAUGCGCCUCCUCGUCGCAUGCACGAACGGCUGCGCCCCCGCCCUCAAGCUCGAGAAAGCAUUGAAAUUAGUUGAUGAUGAUAAGAAGGCGAAUUUCUCGAACAAGUCGCAAGAGGUUUGGGCCAUCGCAUUGUCCACGAUGAUUCGUAUCAUGUUGUCGAACCUCAGGGAUGCGAAGCAUGUCGCCGAGGCCCGUCGCCGUUGCUUCCAGAAAGCAGGCGCGGCGGAGGCGGAUGGCAUUAAUGUGAUGAUGGAGAUGGUGCGGACCAACGUGGAUGAGGAGGUGGAGGCCCUUCCCCGCUCCCAGUCGGCCCCGCCAGGGCCGCGGGCACCGACGCGCGCGCUUGCCAAGAGGGACAAGAGCCCAGAUCCCGAGGUGAGCGACGUGGACCUCCCGAGCGCCUUCAAGAGGCUCGCAGCUGACCUGGAGAUUGGGUCAGGCACGGAGGACGACGGCUACCCGAGUGCUUCGGCGGUGGGGGAGUGUCACGGGCAUGCGCCACCGCUGAUGCAGCCCAAUGGUAUCUCUGGCGACGAUUGGGACGCGUUGCGCCACGUCCAGGAGUUGGCCCCCGUCAGGCCGCCGAGGAAGAGGAAGGUCACGCCCAUGAAGACGGCCAGGAAGGUCGCGCCCAUGAAGACGGCCAGGAAGGUCGCGCCCGUGAAGACGGCCACGGCGGCCACGCCCAUGACGACGGCGAAGGUCGCGCCCGUGAAGACGGCCGCGAAGGUCACGCCCAUGAAGGCGGCAAUGAAUGCCACGCCCAUGAAGACGGCAAAGGUCACGCCCAUGAAGACGGCAAAGGUCACGCCCAUGAUGGCGGCAAAGGUCACGGAGCGCCCGAACAACAAGCCAGACAGCGUGGAGGAGCAGCAGCUUUUCAAAGACGAGGGCAUCGGCUGCCUGAAGGAUCGGUGGUUCGGCUAUUGCCCGGACUGCAAGGCCAAGAGGGCUGCUCAUGCGCUUCGCACUUAG